AUGGGCUCAAUCGAACCUCCGAGUACAAAUGCAUCCCGUUCAUGGGUCUACAAGACCAUCACCGAACUUGGUGAUUUCACCAACCAUGAUGAGAAGCUUUGGUGGCAUAGUAUCGCACCUAUGUUCGCUGAAAUGCUGAACGUUGCGGGAUAUGACCUUCAUUCUCAAUACAGAAUACUCUGGGUCUGUCAAAAACACGUCAUUCCCUUCCUUGGUGUUUACCCAACCCCAACCAACAAGCGAUGGCUCAGCAUAUUGACUCGAUACGGCACACCUUUUGAAUUGAGCCUUAAUUGCACCAACUCGAUAGUGCGAUACACAUACGAGCCUAUCAACGCCACUACAGGUACUUUGAAAGAUCCGUUUAAUACCCAUGCAAUCUGGGAUGCACUGGAUCGAAUGGUUCCAUUACAGAGUGGCAUCGAUUUGACCUUCCUUCGACACUUCAAGAAUGAUCUUACAGUCAAUGACCAGGAUGCGCAGUAUUUGCUGGAAAACAACCUUGUGGAAGGCCAUAUUCGCACCCAGAACAAGCUAGCCCUGGAUCUCAAAGGUGGAAAAUUCAUGAUGAAGUUGUACAUUUAUCCCAGUCUCAAAUCCUUGGCAACUGGGAAAUCGAUCCAAAACCUCAUGUUCGACUCUGUCCAUCGUCUCUGUCAUGAGCAUCCUACUCUUGCGGCCCCUCUUGCAACACUGGAGGAGUACGUUGUUUCUCGUGUGAAAACCGGCACUGCGUCUCCGAGACUUCUGUCUUGUGACCUUUGCAAUCCAUAUCAAUCCCGUAUCAAGAUCUACAUCCUAGAACGGAACGUAUCCCUGGCCGCAAUGGAGGAUAUGUGGACUAUGGGUGGGCGCCGGAACGAUGAAGCAUCACUCGCUGGGGCGGACAUGCUCCGCGAGCUGUGGGGUCUUCUUCGUAUGCCAGAUGGCCUACGCAAAUACCCAGAGCCUUUCCUUGAUCUUGGAACUAUUCCGGAUGAGCAACUCCCCCUCAUGGCUAACUAUACUCUCCAUCAUGAUGAGUCUAUUCCAGAGCCUCAGGUGUAUUUCACAACUUUUGGUAUGAACGAUGGCCGAGUGACUGACGGGCUCGUCUCGUUCUUCCAGCGCCACGGCUAUACCCACAUGGCGCAGGCAUACAAAGAAAGCCUCAGGGCAUACUAG